AAAUAAACAUCAAGUGACUCGCAAGAUUUUAUUUUCUAUAUUUCUGAAAAUAAUUCUUAAAAAAGAUUGCGCAUUAGAUAUAAUGUAUUCUUAAUUUCUGAUGCAAUAGCAAAAAUUAUUCGUCAAUCGCUAUUCAUUGGCACAUCGAUGCAUACGUGAGAUCAUCGCGAGAUUAUCAAACGUUAAGUAAAAUGAUACGUAAGGGUGCAUGCCAAAUAGCCAGCUCGAUUCAUUCAAGUCCUCUUGCAGAGGUGCACGACGUUCCAAUGAACAUAAUUAUCAGACCUUUCCCUGUCGAUGUGAACGAGGAAAAGGUUCAAAGUUUAAUGAAUGCGUUGAAAAAUGUCGAAACUAAGGACACAGUACCACCCAUCGACGUUUUAUGGAUCAAAGGAAGCGAAGGUGGUGACUAUUAUUACUCUUUUGGUGGUUGUCAUCGUUAUACUGCUUAUCAACGAUUAAGUAAAGCAUCUAUUAAAGCCAAAAUAAUUCAAUCAACUUUAACAGAUUUACGAUGUUAUUUGGGAAAUUCUACUCCAGACUUGAAGUGAAUUGCAUGUAUAUAUGUAUAUAUAU